AGAUGACAGUAUUGGGACGAGGCCGUGGUGCGUUCACUUUCCCUCACGGUACGUUGAGGUUUAACAGCGGGGACUUGGUGGGCUGAGCGGGGGAUGCUGCUGCUGCUUUCCUCUCAUCCUCUCUUGCUGCACGUCAAAGCGACUAUCAUAUGCAAGGACGGUUAUUUGCUUGCGAAGGCUCUAAGAAGACAUUUUUGACCGUACAGGAAAGUCUUGCUGUUUUCCGGAUGGAGGGGAGGUUUGGAGGCUUUCAGGAAGGACACCAUGUUUCCCUGUGUCUCCUCAUGGCCUUCUGCUGAAGCGACCGCCCCUCUCGACUAUGCCCCAUCCACUCCUGCAGCCCAGACACCUGAUCAAACGCUUCCGGACCUGCUGCGCGGGUGUGCCACACUCUCAGCCCCUCCCCUGAGCCCUUGUACCAUUGAAAUGGAGUCCCUUAUUGUGGUGACAGAGUAUGAGCCUAGUGGGGACAGGAUGGGCGACGUUGAGGAGGAGGAUCCAGAGGAAAUGGAUAGCUCAGAGACGCCUGAGCCAGCCUCAGCUCCACCUCCACCCUUCCAUGCUCCAUCCUGUGACCUUUUAUCACAUACAGCCAGCCGACCUGAGGCUCUCUUCCCAGUUGCGCAGGAACACCGUGGCAGGCUGAACCUCUCAGACAGGAAGCUGUCACUGCAGGAGCGCUCACAUACCCUUUCCUCACCCUGCGGCUCACCCGGCCUCAACGGGCGCUACAUCUACCCCUCGCUGCCCUACUCGCCCAUCACCUCGCCCCACUCGUCCCCUCGCUUGCCUCGUCGACCCACUGUCGAGUCGCACAGAGUUUCCAUCACUGACCUGCAGGACUGCGUGCAGCUGAACCAGUACAAGCUGAAAGACGAGAUCGGAAAGGGAUCCUAUGGAGUCGUCAAACUGGCCUACAAUGAAGACGACAACACCUACUACGCGAUGAAGGUCCUGUCCAAGAAGCGUCUGAUGCGGCAGGCUGGUUUCCCACGAAGACCUCCUCCUCGAGGGGCCCGAUCUGCUCCCGAGGGUCCACUUCAGCCCAAAGGCCCCCUGGAACGGGUGUACCAGGAGAUCGCCAUCCUCAAGAAGCUCGACCAUCCUAAUGUGGUCAAGCUGGUGGAGGUGCUGGAUGACCCAAGUGAGGACCAUCUGUACAUGGUAUUUGAGCUGGUCAAGCGAGGCGCGGUGAUGGAGGUCCCCACUGAUAAACCCCUGAAUGAGGAGCAGGCUCGCUUCUACUUCCAGGACCUGCUCAGAGGAAUUGAGUACUUACACUAUCAGAAGAUCAUUCACCGUGAUAUUAAGCCAUCUAACCUGUUGGUUGGCGAGGAUGGACACAUUAAAAUCGCUGACUUUGGAGUCAGCAACCAGUUUGAGGGAGCCGACGCCCUGCUGACCAGCACGGUGGGAACGCCGGCAUUCCUUGCUCCAGAGACGCUCUCCGAGACCCGCAAGAACUUCUCGGGCAAGGCUCUGGAUGUUUGGGCCAUGGGGGUCACACUGUACUGCUUUGUCUUUGGCGUGUGUCCCUUCAUGGACGAGCGCAUACUGAGUCUUCACCAGAAGAUCAAAACUCAGCCCGUGGAGCUUCCCGAGCAUGCCGAUGUGUCUGAUGAUUUGAAGGACCUCCUUUUAAAGAUGCUGGAUAAAAAUCCUGAAAACAGAAUAACCAUACCACAGAUCAAGGUUCACCCUUGGGUGACACGGCAUGGGGCGGAGCCUCUUCCUCCUGAGGAUGACAACUGCUGCAGUCUGAUUGAGGUGACAGAGGAGGAGGUGGAGAACUCAGUGAAACAUAUCCCCAGUCUGGCCACAGUGAUCUUGGUGCGCACCAUGCUGCGUAAGCGCUCGUUUGGGAAUCCGUUCGACUGGAGCCGCAGGGAGGACCGCAGCCCCACUACACAGGGACACGGCCUAACAAAAGUGAGAGCAGGGAAUUUACGAUACUGCUACAUUCACGGUAACCAAAGGAAACAAGAGAGUGGAGACGGUAUACGCAGUGUGGACUUGCCCUUCGUAGGCGAGGAUGAAGUGCUUUCCUGACGCCUCAUGCCUGACUAAAAGGGCUUAGUGUCUCACGCCCCCGGGAUGUGGAUGAUGGGGGAUUUGGAAUGGUUCCUGAGCGCCAUCGUGCACCUAGGACACGAGGACAGCGGCGUGUGGGGCGUUUCCCCUACAACAUGCAUGCAUUUGUACAGUUUUACAGCAGCAUGCGCUGUGUGUGUGUGUCAUCUCAGGACACACUCUUCCUUGCAUUUGUGAGUGUGUGUUUUUUUCCUCUCCUGUCCAGUGCAGAGGCUGUGCUUGCACUUUUACUAUAUGGAGUGAGAUCAUGCUAUUUCUUGAAGCACAUGGUGGAGGUGGUUCGAACGUGAUUGGCUGUUUAUCAACAGAGGACAUGCAAAAACAACAACAACAAAAAAAAACAACUACUCAUAAUUACUUGGUUAAUAGCUUCCAGUUAAAGCUUAAAGCUACCACAGGAGGUUAUUGCUAGCUAGCUGAUUUAGCUCAGCUGCGCCUCCUGAUGGUGGAAGUAUAAAGCAGACUUUCAUAUCAGUCAUUGUUGUUUACCAAAUCAGCAAGUCGUGUAACCCGUUUAAUAAAAUCAGCAUGUAGAUUGUGCUCACA